UCUGGAAUGGUUACCCGAGCAGAGACUCUGAGUUACCUCCCCGUGUUUGAUUUGAAUUUCUUAACACGGCCUCUUUCCUGGAAUAAUUUCCACUUUUAUUUGUAAUGAAAUUUUCAAUUUUUCGACGCCGGUUUACGUUCUCGCGUUGGAAUCAAAUAGAAAUAAACUAAUUGAAAAUGAACACAAAUAUUCAGCUGAUGGCUGGUGAUGUUUGUUUUGUUCCCCUGGUUUCCUAGUCACUCGAAAUAUUUUAAUUACAAACUAUUUAUUUUACGAACCGGUAUCCGCUUUUCCAAUUUAAACUAGUUCAAUUAAAUUUAUUUUAUUUUCUUGUCUAAAAUGGGUUUCGUCACUCGUCAAACUUUAGAUAAUAAGUCGCGAGAGGGAAUGACUCUGGAGGAGAUCCAUAGGAUCGAGUUUGAAACGAAGCAUAAAGGACAUGAUGUGAUGCAUGCCGAAAUUCUUAUUAUAUUUUUCGUUUCGGUAAUUGUAGCUCAAAUAGGCCUCGUGUUGUGGAAACGAUGGAAACCAAAGUCAUAUCAGCUAGUAACGUUGACCGGAAUGUGGCUUAUUCCUUUAGGAAUGAGCUUGAUGAAUAAGUGGUGGCGUUUUAUUUUCUUUUGGCUAAUAUUUUCCUGUAUAACAGCAUUCAUAGUGAAAAAAGCGCUUGAAAAGCCAAUUAAGGGAACCACACCAAGGUUGGUGUAUAAGUGGUUCUAUUUUAUAUACAGAUUAAGUUACACACUCGGCAUAGUCAGUUAUGUCAUAUUAGUCGCUACUAUGAUGGGUGUUAAUAAAUUGUUCGAUGUUAAAGCACAUACGAUGAUGGAUGUCGGUAUGCAUUUCCUAUUUUAUGGCUUGUAUUAUGGAGUCUUGGGACAGGAUAUUGCAGAAAUAUCGAGCGACAAGAUGGCUUCUCACAUCGGAUAUUAUUCUAAAGAGGGAAUGCCAACCAGAUCUCUCGACCAAAACGUAUGUGCAGUAUGUGGAAAUAGUGUAUUGGUGUCUCAAGAUGAAGAAGGCCUUCUUGAAAAUACUUAUUUAUUAUCUUGUGAACAUGUAUUUCAUGAAUUUUGCAUAAGAGGAUGGUGCAUUGUUGGCAAGAAGCAGAUAUGCCCAUAUUGCAAAGAGAAGGUGGAUUUAAAAAAGAUGUUCUGCAACCCAUGGGAAAAGCCGCAUGUUUUGUAUGGAUCUUUAUUGGACUGGCUCAGACUGUUAGUCGCCUGGCAACCAGUGAUAUUGGGAUUCAUUCAGGGAAUAAAUUAUGUUUUAGGCUUACAUUAAAUGAAAUUUUUAAAAAUUUGAUAUGUCGUUAGUCAUUUAUUUUUUACGGUCUGUUAAACAGAUUGGCUACUGUAAUUGUUUUCUUAUUCUGAAUUGUGUCGUUUAAUUUAUUGAAACUGAAAAUUUUUCAUCAUUCUGUGCUUAUGAAUUAAAUAUAUAAAUUGAAAUUUAAAUUGGGUGAGCUUACAUUAUGUAAAAAAAUUUAAUAAACGAGAAAUAAUUUUUUUUAAUAGCACAUAUUUGGUCUAAUUUAACAUUCCUGUGAAUCACCGAGCUGUUUGAUUCGUCCAUUGUGUUAUAAAUUGUUCUUAUGUUAUUUGCUCAAAGUUUAAUAAAAUCUUAUUUUAUAAAUUUUC